CCGGUAGAAAAAAAGAAAUCAAAUAAUGGUGUUGUGUGUGACAAUUUACAAGAAUCACCAGUCACCAGCAACGCAGCUUAGGGAGAGGGCUGAGAGCAUUGUGUUGGAGGACAACGAAGAGGAGCCGUUUAAGGUGGUUCGUGAGUUUGAGGACUAUGCCUUCAUGAGCAUUGUUGGGUGGCACCUGUUUGAGCUGAUUGGGAGUCGUGCUUCUGCAGGGGAGGAUCGUGAUACUGAUCCGUUGUAUCCUUAUUCGCUGGUGACGGGCGACAGGGUAGGUAGCGUAGCAACUACAAGAAAUACCACGGCAGCAGCUGCGGCAGCAGCUGCGGCAGGAGCAGCAGGAGACUCGAGAAAAGAGCUUGGGCAGCAGCUAUUUGAAGCCAUGAAGGAUUUUGUUUUGGCUCAGAGGGAAUCUGCCCGGGGGAGCCACAGCUACUUGAAUACUAUUGGAAGAUAUGAUAAUAUCAGAGUGGGCCUGGCGAAGAUGACAAGUCGGCACAACAACUCAAAACACGCCAUCACCUUCACCAAGAUUCAAAUUUCAUUACUUGUUCGUUUCGCGCUAGCUGUUAUUCGUCUGGUACACCGC